UUCAAAAAACCCAACGCAAAGCUUUGGCUUUUGAGGAGAAAUCUUGGGGCCCUUCGCCCAUCUCCUCUUUGCCUUAGCACCGAAGCGCCGCCCUUUUCUUCAAGAUUCUGGCAAUUUACAGAAAUUUUCAGAUUGUAAACUUCAGAAGAGGCCAAUGUAUCUUGCUCUUAUCAUUUUUGGAAAAAAAUGCAUUAGGAAAUUAUAAUUCAUCCUCAACAUAUUGUACCAGAUAAGGUGAAAUGCUCAUUCAGAGCCUUCUUCCUAUUUCUGUCAGUACAGAAUUAUCUUUUACAUCUGAAUGUGGUAAACGUCAAAGUACAGACUUAAUGUGUGAUUGGCCACAUUGUGGUGAAACUUGGCAGCAGUCUCUGAAUUGUGAUGAUUCUCCUUCUGUUAAACAUAGAAAACCAUUAUCUACAAGAGUGGAAGUGACGGAAUCAUCUUCUACCAGAGCAGUAGAACUCUCGAGGACCUCUUUGGAUUUGUCAUUAGGGAACAACAUGUGUUCUAGCUCUGCACCUAAAUGGGCAGGUUAUGUGUACAAGAGGAGGAAAUUGCAGCGGAACUCAGUGGCUUUGUUGUCAGAAGAAAAUGCUACGCCAAUCACAAACGAAAUUUCCAAUCACUCUUCAAGUAUAAGUUUUGAGGAGGAUUCUUUGGUGGAUAAAGACAAUGUCCCCAACAAUGCUUGUGUGACGGUAGCUGAGGCUUCCACUAGAAAUGAUUUAAUUGAGGCAGAUGCAUUACUUAUUGAAGACUGUGGUUUACAAAAGGCCACUGCUUUUGCCAGCAGAGGGAAGAGUGGCAAUAUCCAACAAUCUGUAACCACCAAGAUGUCUUCAUUUAGGGAAGAUGGACUUCCUCCUGCAUCAUCUGUGGGUAAUAUUAAUAGAUCUGCAUCAGAGGACUAUUCUGUUGUCCGUGAUACCUGUUCAUCAUCUAAGUCUAUUUCUGGGCACUGUUCAACUAUCAAAAGAACAGAUGCAAGUGGCAUGGAGAUGUGCUCUUCAAUAAGAAAGGUACUAAUGAAACCCUUGGAGGAGUUUUCUUCGGCAAGGGACUUUUGCAUUCACGUGCUUCAGGCACAUGGGUUGCUCAGGGGACUACUGACUUGCAACUCAUCAAUUUGUCCACAAAUCCUUGGUGAUGUUGAUGAUGAGUCCACUCAAUUGUGCAAAAUAUGUGGUCUUCCAGAUAAUCUUAGAAAUAUGCUAAUUUGUGACCUUUGUGAUAAAGCAUUUCACAUAUCUUGCUGUCACCCGAAAGUAAAAAAGCUUCUGGUUGAUGAUUGGUAUUGCCAGCCUUGUUCAAGAAAGAGACCAAAGCCCCUCUUGACGAAUAAUUCUGGGAAUUCAUUGAAUAUCAUGGGUGGAGCGUCAUCUCAUGGAGGAAUAAAUUCUAUAUUAGCAAUGUUGAGUGAUAAUCAGCCACACAAAUCUGGAAUUCGAAUUGGCAGAGAUUUUCAAGUGGAAGUUCCAGAGUGGUGUGGACCUGUCUUUAUUGAUGAUGACUACUUUGGUGAACCCUCAGAACUGGAUCUUACUGAAUGCGCAAGUCUGAAUAGCUGGAAUAACAACGAGCUGUCUAAGCAUAGCUCUAUUGGCAACUGGGUUCAGUGCCGAGGAGUCAUUUACAAUGAUGCAGACAUUAAUGACGAGGGAAGAGUGUGUGGAAAAUGGCGCAGAGCGCCUCUUUUUGUAGUUCAGACUGAUGAUUGGGAUUGUUUCUGCUCUGUUCUAUGGGAUCCUAUCCAUGCUGAUUGUGCCGUGCCCCAGGAGCUCGAGACUGAUGUUAUUCUUAAGCAUCUCAAGUAUAUAGAGAUGCUGCGGCCACGACUGUCUAAUGACAGUCAGAAAACUGAUCAGAGCAAAAGUAAUAUUCAUGGAUAGAUGGUUGAACAUGUCUUGAACUGGAAGGUGUGGCCAACAUAAACAAGGUUUGACGCAUAUCUUCCUCGCGGUG